AUGGCGGUCGAGGCGAAGCCUGGGAGCGGAGUGCCGACCAAUAAAGGCUGGUUCGCUGUAGCGUGGAGCCAGAGGGGGUAUAUGUUCCCUGCUGACGCGGUCGUGGGUGUUGCGGGGAGCAGCCGGCCCUCGGCGUACGCGUUAGAAGGCUACAGUCAAACCACGGUUGCGCCCACGUCAAGGUUUACCCUUGGGAAUGCCGCGCUCGCGUGGGGACCAAGCGGCAUCGUUAUGAGGUUCACGCGGAACGGCACGGAGGGGGUAGUUCCAGUGAAGUACAGCGGGGCGAAUCAGAUCAUCUGGGCGUUCGGCUCUAGCGGCAGGCCAACAGAUCACGGCAUGAACAGGGGCGGUAAAGCUGUGGACUUCACAUGUCUCCCCGCGCCCUCCAAUCCCCCUCCCCCUUCCCCCAAACCAUCGCCCAAGCCAUCCCCCCGACCUUCCCCCAAGCCUUCACCCAAACCAUCUCCCAAGCCUACGCCCCAACCUUCCCCCAAACCAUCCCCUCCGCCAUCUCAUCCCCCGUGCAAGCCCUCUGCGUGCAAGGCAUCGUCCCUCCCUGGCUUCACCUCCUCAGUGGACCUCACGGGUAAAGGGUGA